UCUGUCAAGCGAAGAUACGCUUAGAGAGGAGCAAUGGAGGUUGAAACGAAGAGGACGGAGGAGGACACAGAGGCGGAGAUUAAGCGGGCGAUGCGUGCCCGUGUGAAGGAUUUCAAGGAACAAGCGGAUUCCUUGACUCUUGAGGGUGUUAGAAGGGCAUUAGAGAAGGAUUUGGGCAUGAAGACUUUAUCGUUGGAUGUGCAUAAGAGGUUUAUAAAGCAAUGCUUGGAAGAGUGCUUUUAUGGUGGUGAUGAUGUCGAUCUAUGUACAACGACGGGAAGUGCUUCAGAUCCAUGUUCACCACGUAUAAGCAAAGAAACCCCUGAUGAAAAGGAUGAGCCUCAGCAACCCAAAGAUCGUAAAAGUACCAGUUCUGAUAUUAAUGAUGGGGUGGACGAAUAUCCUGUUGAAGAAGAAAAGCCUAAUCAAGAAUCCAUGACAGCUGAAGAUGUUAAACAUGACGAUCAGCUUAGUGAAGAUACAAUAAAGAAAGCCAUUAAAAAACGAGGUCCUUAUUUCAGAGCAAAUCUCGAGAAAAUUUCUGUGGCAAAAGUUCGUCGACUUUUGGAAGAUGAUCUUAAUCUUGAGAAAAACACUCUUGAUGCUUAUAAAAGUUUCAUCAGUGAUGUUUUAGAUGAGGUCUUGCAAUCACCUGAAUCUGCUGACGUUACAAACGGCACUAAGAAGAAACUCAAGAAAGCUUCAAAGAGCAAAGAAACAGGAAAAGUAAAGAGAGAGCCUAAGGUUGCCAGUGAAGAUUCAGGAUCCUCUAAUUUGGGUAAUGAUACGAGUGAGGCUGAUGAAGAUACUGAUACGGUAAAGAGACCAAAAAAAAGGCCACUUAAAAAAUCAAAAUCAAGCAUGAAACCUAUUAAAAAACAGAAAACAUCUUCAGAUGAAAACAAACCGUCAGUUUCUAGGAAAAGGGAACAAGAAGAAAUGGAUUCAGAUAAAGGAGCAGAAAGUGAUAAUGAAAAGUCUUCGGAAAAUUGUGGUUCACACUCAUCUUCUGAUGAAAGACCAAAGAAGAAACAAGAUAAACCAACUGUACAAGCAUAUGGAAAGCAUGUUGAGCAUCUCAAAUCAGUCAUCAAAGCUUGUGGGAUGGGCGUACCACCUGCUGUCUAUAAGAGGGCUAAGCAAGCUCCAGAAUCAAAGCGUGAAUCAUUUUUAAUAAAAGAAUUGGAGGAUAUUCUUGCCAAGGAAGGUUUAUCGACUAAUCCAUCUGAUAAAGAAAUAAAAUCAGUGAAAAGGAAAAAGGAGAGGGCAAGGGAGCUCGAAGGCAUAGACAUGAGCAAUAUUGUGUCUACUUCUCGUCGAAGAAGCACCUUCAAUUUUAUACCCAUUCCUAAACCAAAAAUAGAAGCCGGAAGUGAGGAAGAUGAGAAAGAUGAGGAAGAUGAAGAUGAUCAGGAAGGUACAGAUGAUGACGAUAAUGGAAGUGGGGAGUCUAGUGAAGGAUCAGAGGAAGAUGCAGAUGUAGAUGCAGAUGCAGAUGAAGAAGCCGACGAAGAAAGCGAUUGAAGUACACUCGCCUUUACAGUCUUAUUUGUUAGCAAUUAGAGAUUAUAGGCAUUUAUAUAUCUGUACCCUUUGUAGUCCUUGAUGAUUAAUAGCCUAAUAGCAGUGUACCUUCUCUUUGAAGUAUUCGUGAUGUAUUUUAUUACAUUUUUGAUUUUUUGUUAGAGUUUGAUAGAUCAUUAGCUUCCUGAAUGUAAUUUAGUUUUCCUUAUCUUUAAUGCCGGGAUUAUUUUAGUUCAGUUCAGAGGGCUUUCUAAUUUGAAUAACAAACAAAUUCUUUAUUAAA